CGAGCAUCGCAUGACUGGGAGGAGGAUUACAGAAGAUACACGUCUGCUUCUUACUGUAACUGUAGAAAAAUUACAUUGUAAAAGUAUUUGUCAGUUAUCUUAGCAAAUGCAUUAUUAAUAAGCUAUUUUAUUCGCUGGCUGCUAAAAAAAAAGUAGGCCUUGAGUUUUUUGUUUAAAGUGAAAUCGAAGAGCGGUUUCCGGGAAUUCCGCGACUGAAACAUGGAUUUCGUUCUCGGCGGAGCCGCUGCGUGUGGCGCCUGCUUUUUCACAAACCCUCUGGAGGUGGUCAAAACGAGAAUGCAAUUGCAAGGAGAGCUGAAAAGCCGAGGAACCUACCAAGUGUAUUAUAGAAAUGUGUUUCACGCCUUCUACACGAUAGGCAAAAUAGACGGACUGGCUGGUCUUCAGAAAGGUUUGGUCCCCGGGUUGGUUUAUCAGUUUGUUAUGAAUGGGGUCCGGCUGGGGUCUUACGCCAUCAUCGAGUCAUUGGGCUACAUUCACACGGACGGAAGGGUCAGCGCUACCAAGAGCAUAGUGUCCGGGGCCAUCGCCGGUGUGGUGGGCGCUGUAAUGGGGAGCCCGAUUUACCUGGUAAAAACACAUCUCCAGUCUCAAUCCACUUCCUCUAUUGCAGUUGGACACCAGUAUAAGCACAGGGGAAUGAUGCAUGCUCUAUUGGCCAUCCACAAACAGCAUGGAAUUCUGGGUUUGUGGAGGGGUGCAAGUGCGGCAGUCCCAAGGGUCAGUGUGGGGUCAGCUGCUCAGCUCUCUACUUUCUCUGCCUCUAAAGAGCUGGUCACUGACCUACAGGUGUUCUCUGAGGGCAGCUGGUUAAUAGCUCUGAGUGCUGGUAUGAUCAGUAGUGUAGUGGUUGUAUUAGCUAUGACUCCUUUUGAUGUGGUCAGCACUCGACUCUACAACCAGCCUGUGGACCAUGUGGGCAAGGGCAUAUUGUACCGAGGUUUUGUGGACUGUUUCUCUAAGACGUUGAAGAAGGAAGGCAUGUCUGGUUUGUAUAAAGGUCUCGGAGCCUCCUACUUCCGCAUCGGACCUCAUACCAUCCUUUCCCUACUUUUCUGGAAUGAAUUGCGCACUUUGUACCAUAGCUACAGUUAGCGUCUCGCUAUUGCCUGCAACAGCAAAAUAUCAAUAGUGUUUCCCUGAUUUGGUAAUUAAAGAAGCAAUCGAGCACUAAGGUACGAAAGGUGCUUGCUAUAUUGUGAAUAUAGUCACAGCUAAAAGGUGUCAUUAGACACAACGUGCAGCAGAGUGCUCAUUACUUUUAUAAAAUAGUUACUACAUACUAAAUAUAUAUUUUUUAUUCAAACAUUAUUUUAUUAAGCAUUCAUAUGGCAGCCUUCCACUAGAAGAUUUAGGUAGCCAGGACUGGAAUUUAAAUUUUUUCAAAUAAAAAUAAAUAAAUAAAACUCAAUUACAAUGUACUGUAUGUAGCAGGAUGGAAUAUUUACUUGAUCAUUAUGUUGUUAUACAAACACACUCCAGUGAAUAUGCAUAUGGUUUUAUAGAGGCAGAGCACAUGUACACUUCUGUUUAAUUAUGCAAAUUAAGUUAGUGAAUUCCUGGUUCUGAUUGGCUUCACAUGUUCCAAGGGCAUUGAUUGUUAACUGAAUGAUUAAUUUGCUAUAACUACAAAGUAGUACCAACUUAUUAACCACAUUACAGUUCAGGAUGACUUCAUCACAUUUUUUUUCUGAAGUUUUGCAUCUUGGGAAAGAUACUUAAUUGAUAGCAUAAGGAAGCAGUUUUGCA